CGCCCAUGUGUUGCUCCAUCUCUCCUACUGACAUUAGUGACACAGGAAGACAGUGACAAACAUGGAGCUCACUGAGACCUUUCUGCUCCUGCUGGCCUUUGUCUCCCCCACAAUUGUAAGUACAACUCCUGCGCCUCCGUCUUGUGGUUCCCCAUUGGUCUCAAGUAGGAUAGUGGGCGGGACUGAUGCCAGAGAGGGGGCGUGGCCCUGGCAGGUCAGUCUGCGCUACAGAGGGUCCCACAUCUGCGGGGGGUCCGUGAUUGGCACUCAGUGGAUUCUGACUGCCGCCCACUGCUUUGGAAAUUCCCAGUCCCCAUCAGACUAUGAAGUUCGGCUGGGCGCCUACCGGUUGGCUGAGACAAGUCCCAAUGAGAUCACAGCCAAGGUGGAUAGAAUUAUCAUGCACCCCCAGUACGAUGAAUUAACUUAUUUUGGAGAUAUUGCCUUAAUCAGACUAACGAGCCCCAUCGAUUACACCGCGUACAUCCUACCUGUCUGCCUGCCUUCAGCAUCUAACAGCUUUACUGACGGAAUGGAAUGCUGGGUAACUGGAUGGGGCAAAACUGCCUUUAAUGUGAAUCUACCAUUUCCUGGCACCCUGCAAGAAGUGAUGACCCCACUCAUUAACAGGACAAGAUGUGACCAAAUGUACCACAUUGACUCCCCGGUCAGUGCCAGUAGUGAGAUAAUUCCGUCAGACCAGAUCUGUUCUGGAUAUUCCGAUGGGGGAAAAGACUCCUGUAAGGGAGACUCAGGGGGGGCCCUUGUCUGUAAAAUACAGAGAGUCUGGUAUCAAAUCGGCAUUGUGAGUUGGGGAGAUGGAUGUGCCAUUGCCAACCGACCUGGAGUUUAUACCCUGGUGCCGGCCUACCAAUCAUGGCUCUCCUCAUACAAUGCAACAGAAAAUACAAUCAACGUAGACAAUUCGGGCACCACAACAGCAGCAACCACCACACGGAGGGCAACCGUGACAACUGCAUCUUCCGCAUCAUCUUCUGCAUCAUCAUCUCCCGCAUCAUCAUCUCCCGCAUCAUCUCCCGCAUCAUCUCCCGCAUCAUCAUCUCCCACAUCAUCAUCUCCCGCAUCAUCAUCUCCCACAUCAUCAUCUCCCGCAUCAUCUCCCGCGUCAUCUUCCUCAACCUUUGUCUCCCCCACAAUUCUAAGUACAACUCCUGCGCCUCCGGCUUGUGGUUCCCCAUUGGUCUCAAGUAGAAUAGUGGGCGGUACUGAUGCCAGAGAGGGGGCGUGGCCCUGGCAGGUCAGUCUGCGCUAUAGAGGGUCCCACAUCUGCGGGGGGUCCGUGAUUGGCACUCAGUGGAUUCUGACUGCCGCCCACUGCUUUGAAAAUUCCCAGUUCCCAUCAGACUAUGAGGUUCGGCUGGGCACCUACCGGUUGGCUCAGACAAGCCCCAAUGAGAUCACAUACACGGUGGAUAGAAUUAUUGUGAACUCCCAGUUUGACAGUUCAACUCUAUUUGGCGACAUUGCCUUAAUCAGACUAACGAGCCCCAUCACCUACACCAAGUACAUCCUACCUGUCUGCCUGCCUUCAACAUCUAACAGCUUUACUGACGGCAUGGAAUGCUGGGUAACUGGAUGGGGAACAAUUUCCUUAUAUGUGAAUCUACCAUAUCCUAAGACCCUACAAGAAGUGAUGACCCCACUCAUUAACAGGACAAGAUGUGACCAAAUGUACCACAUUGACUCCCCGGUCAGUGCCAGUAGUGAGAUAAUUCCGUCAGACCAGAUUUGUUCUGGAUAUUCUGCUGGGGGAAAAGACUCCUGUAAGGGAGACUCCGGAGGACCCCUCGUCUGUAAAUUACAGGGCAUUUGGUAUCAGAUUGGCAUUGUGAGUUGGGGAGAAGGAUGUGCCAUAGCCAAACGACCCGGUGUUUAUACCCUGGUACCUGCUUACUACUCAUGGGUCAUUGCAGAAGAAAAUACAGUUAAUGUAGAUAGUAUUGGCACAACCAAUAGUCUACCCACAACAACCACCACUGGCACCACCACAUCCACCACCACCACCACUGGCACCACCACCACUGGCACCACCACAUCCACCACCACCACCACUGGCACCACCACCACCACCACUGGCACCACCACCACCACACAGGGGUACAAUAGGUCCUCCCCAUCUUCCUUAAAUAAAUCAGUCCACCUGAUUGGUGCCUGUUCCUUUUUAUUAAUCUGGCUCAUUGUGGUGGCUGAGGGCCAAUGAAAGUUUGGGAUUUCUUAUCGUCGUAGCCACUCCUACCUGGAACAUAAAGAAUAUCUCAAGUCUAGAUCCAAGAUGGCGGCACCUCCGCUGUUUUCUGGAGCACAUAUUUGUAUCCAGUCUUAUAGACAUGAUUGUGCUUUCUGUGUAAUUUAAUAAACUGAUUUAUUUACCUUGA